UUAAUGCAAAUGGCCGCUUGACUAACAGCUGCCGAUUCUAGACGCUGUUGGACCGGGCGUUCGAGGGCGUGUUUCUGUAAAUGUUGUUACACUGUAUUCCAGUGAACGCAUUUCUAAAAUCGGCCGCAAGAUGAUGCAAUUUAUGCUGCUGUUCAGCCGUCAAGGCAAGCUGCGGCUUCAAAAGUGGUACAUGGCUCAUCCAGACAAGUUGAAGAAGAAGAUCACUCGUGAACUAGUCACGACCAUCCUUGCCCGGAAGCCAAAGAUGUGCUCCUUCCUCGAAUGGAAGGACCUGAAAGUUGUCUACAAACGGUACGCCAGUCUGUAUUUCUGUUGUGCUGUGGAACAGGUGGACAACGAGCUGCUGACUCUUGAAGUAAUUCACCGAUAUGUGGAGCUGCUGGACAAGUAUUUUGGAAGUGUGUGCGAGCUGGACAUCAUCUUCAACUUUGAGAAGGCCUACUUUAUCCUUGACGAGCUGCUCGUUGGCGGCGAGAUGCAGGAGACGAGCAAGAAGAACGUUCUUAAGGCCAUUGCAGCGCAAGAUUUACUUCAGGAGGAAGAAACUCCGCAAGGGUUUUUUGAGGAUCACGGACUCGGUUAGGGCACAACCGUGGGGCUCCGGCCUUCUGCCGAUCGGCCGGGGCUUACGGGCAACUUCUAACAAAGAACGCUCUAAUCUGUCCACCCCCUAAAGAAACCGUUGUGCAUUCCACUCCAAGCAGUAUGUGUUCUCUUGCUGUCUUGAGCGAGUCAUUUUUUCUUCUUUUUUAUAUUGAGAUGAUGUGGGGAGUAAGGAAAUGGUGUGCACACCACUGGCUUGAUCCAUUUUUUAACAUACUUUUUGCUCCUCCCCUCUCGUCUUUUUAAUUGAUUGCUUUUUUCUUUUUUUAGUUUAAUUGUGGGUCUGGCUAUCACUUGUCUGCUGUUGAUACUACGACACUGAUUGCUGCUGCUCAAGAUUUGGUACUCUGUUGUGGCCCUGAAGAGCCUCUUGAUGUUCAGUGUCGGUAGUUCUUACUGGCUCAGCCAUUCUCACAGGUAUCACUAUUUUUGUGGCACAAUGACAGUGUGAAAGUGAGCUGACUGCCUUGUAGCAGUAGGAAAAUACCACUGCACAGUGAUGUGAGUGUUGUGAAAUGUUGACUUAACCUAUUUAAUUUGGUAGUAGUUAGCUGUUUUGCUCUACCAGCAGUGCAGUGUAAGUGUGUGGCAGGUUGUGUUUUCUGGCAUUGGAGUGUUUUCAAAAGAAGUAACUUUGCUUGAUUAAGGCCGAAUUUUUUGCUGAAAGUUUAUCUGGCAGCUUUUUAAAAUGGUCAUGUGAUUGGGGCUGCCCAUAAUAUACAGUUCCCUAAUGACAGUGUGAAGAUGUUCUUAUUUAGUGUGGUUAAGAGUGUUCUGGUAAGGCCAGGCAUGAUCUGCUCAAAGCAUGUGGAACAUUGAUCUGGAAAACAGUGUCUAAGCUUGUUUAGUGCUUACGUUGUUGCACAUACUGCUGCACAAUGGCAUCAUAAGUACUCUGAUUGUGGAUGGUCCACACAGCAUGACAGUUGAAGCCUGCUGUCUGGAGCAUAGCUUUGUGCGCAGGCACGAAUUAAGUAUGACCACAUGCUUUGCACGGACCUUGAAUGGCAGGCAGCUACAUGUUUGAGCAGAUGGUUUGGCAGCUGGUAUAUAGAUUAGAAGUGAUUUCCUUUUUUUGGCGUGACAUUAAUUUCUUUAUUCAAGUAAAAUUUUGACUGACGAUUUCCCUGCAAGUUGGUAUGUAGUUGUGCACCUAUACUUGCCAUGUUCAACUUGUUGUCGAACCUGAAGAUAAUGUCAGCGUUGCACCAAGUUUGUGAGUCAUUGUGUUUAAGUUUUCUUAUAAUGGUUUAUGAGGCUUAGCCUCAGUGGAAAAAGCUUACGACCGAGGCAUAUUUCCAUCCAUUUUUAAUGAACCAUAGUUUCUUGCUUAAUAAAUAUUAGGGACUGUUGUGAAUCAGAAAGGCAUUGAGUUGCUUUCGAGUGCUGGCUUUAAGAGCGGUUUUCUGGGUUUGGAUGGUACAGCGGAUUUUAUUGUGAAUUUCUAGUUCCAUUCAUGCACGUAUGAUUUCUUUACGUGACUGCCGAGUCAUCAAAGUGUGUCUACAAAGCAUUAGUGUGAAGGUGUCAUAGGCCACAAGUUGUACCUCAACGGUAGGCAUGUCAUUUUCAAAUGAUUCAAAAGUCUGUGUUCAAGGUUCAUGUUUUACAUGAGAGUGUGGAGCUAUGGUUUUUGCUUCUCUUUUGGUGUUUCAUUCAUGACAAGUCAGAGCAACUCCUCUGCAAGGUUGUUUUCAAAGGUUCAAAGCUCUAAAGCUUUUUGUUUUAUUAGCAUGGUUAUUAUUGAGGAACUGAGGCAGUUGGUUUAGGGGAUCAGUAGCUCAUAAUCUUAGCAGCACAUAACACAGUGGUAAGAGAUCGGGGCCUGCAGGAAUGGCUGCAAGUGAGAAAUGCAUGUGAAAGUAACAAGCCAUGCCAGAUACAUCCUCAAGGUGAUAAUAGAAGCGAAGGCUAGCUUUGCAGCAAGGCUUUCUUUAUUUCUAGGUAUAGUCUUGAUGAAGCUAUAGUCUGGGUUGCCUCUUUGUUUGGAGUUAAGUGCAUGGAGUACGAGUAAAGUGUUGGAAUUCAGAGUAGUGGAAACAUGCAUGCACAUCAAUCAGGUCCGGUGCUCAGGUUAAUGCUGGUACUUGAAAUAACAGUAUUACAUCCAUGCAAUGCAGCACUGAUUACAAGUAGAGUUGAUUAUACACCUGUCCUUAUUUGGACCUCUCCUUAUUUGGAUCAACAUGAUUGGGAAGCUUUCAGGUUGAAUGAGCUCAGACUGAGGCAUUCCUUAUUUUGCUUGAACACUGCAGUAUCAUUUUCAUAAAACAGUAGAGUGAAGUGCAUUUCCUGGCUUUUACGUUGCGCCUGUGCAAAUGUGCACACUGUGACUUGCUGUCUUCUUUGACUUUUUAGUGUUCAGUGAUUUCCUGCACAUUUUACUUGUUACCUUCGACUGGUUGUGCAAUUUUAUACAAGUGCUGCAUAGUGAGCUUCGUCAAUUUGAGAAGAGUUUACAAGGUUCCUGCUUGUCAUGAAUCAGCCCAAAAUGUGUGGACAUUUUUUUGAUUGUGGGAAAGGGUAGGAAGCAUUGUCAUUUGUGAUAUCUUCAAGCCCUAGGUACUACUUUAUGGGGUUCAUAUUACUGUGAUCUCAUCAUUUUAAGGGUAAAACAAAAGUACUUCUUUCUUUGGUAGCGUUGUCACCAGGUGUGUUGCUGCUUUCUUAGCACAAACCUCUGCACCAAGAGCUACAGGGGUGACUCCUUAUUGAGUCUUGUGCUCGUCUUCAAAUGAAGUCAGAUGACGCCGAAAGAAGUCAAAUGCUUGACAGGUGACUGCACAUUCACCUUUGUGUGCAUCUUAUAGUGCACUCUUAUAGCGCAGCUAUAUCAUGUUCCUUCUUUUUUUUUUGUUCUUGCACAGGCAGCUUUUAUUGAGCUGAACCGCCCUUUACGGUGGGUGCAGUUUAAUUUACUUAUGCAUGCCACUCUUUAAAAGAUGCAACUGGUUCUGUGUGCUGCACUAUAAACUUCGAAUUUCUUUAUUGAUUACUGAGACCCCCAAGGCUGGAGAUAUUGACUCUGUUGCAUCUGCUUUGGAGUGUAAGGUCAGCACAAAUUCGUUUCUGUGUUGAAAGUUGAACAAGUCUUCACAGAUGACUAAAUGUGCCCAAAUAAAUUGUUUGAGAAGUCAUUUCCUUUCUUUCGUUUAUGAGAAAAAUGAGAGACCCCUAGCGUUUUCCUUUGUUAUGUUCUUUUUUGGAUUGUUGAGCAUGUGCUAGGCUGUAUGCACAGUAGAGUCAUAAGAAGCAUUUGCCAGUUUCAAGAAAUGCGUAUGAGUUUUGAGUAACCCUCACAGAGGCUUAUGUCACUGGUUAGAUAAAAUGUGAUAGUUAUGGCCAUAACAUAAACUCUGCCUUAAAGCUGCAUUUUUUUGUUUGCACUUUACAGCAUGUAUGGUGGUCCUUUGCAUAUACUUUUGUUUAGUGUGCCAGAAAUGAGCUGCAGUUAUGUGUAGUGUCAGUGUGUGAACAGUCCUCAAUUGAUGUUAACUGUAUGUAGUUAUUGUAACCAAGUGUUGCAGGUUGUUUUGACUACUUACUACAUUUUGCCAGUGCGCAUUAUUGGCACUGGAGAGUACUGUUUAUUUGAAGAAACGAGCAAACUUUUGCUUGCCAUGUUCUGGGGCAGCUGAAAUGUAAUACGUUCCUACACAGGUAUCGUGGCUGGUUUGGCAUUCAAAGCAAUUCACACUGUAAAAAAAAAGAAAAUGGUGUGCUGUGAACAGUGAGGCGUGUUAAGCAUUGCUGUGAGCCCAGAAAUUGAUUAGCAUUAAGCUAUUAAGGCACAUAAUGUGUUGAUUAACCUUUGCCUGGAAGUUUGCAUGACAUUUAUCCCAAUUGAAGCCUUUUCAUUGUGCCGUUGCUUGUCCAGAGGGGCAUAUACCAAAUAUCCUCUUAUGGUAAGUGUUUUCUUGCCAGCAUGUUCAGUGUUUUACAUCACGUGAGGCUUGUCGACCUGCUUAUCCUGGAGGGUAUAGGAUGAGAGAAAGCGUAAAUAUCAUUUCAAUUGCCCUUUUGCGAGCUUUCUCUCAAAACCAGCUUGUAACCAAGAUAUAGUGAAGUGCAUGGCUUGCCCUAGUGAUAAAAGGAAAAUGUAACUGACCAAAUGGGUUCAAUCCUUUUCCAUGCUGCCAGACAUAGGCAUGAUGUUGACUGGCUAGCCACUUGUAUGCUAGGUAUGGGCAUACUGCUCCAGAAACAAAGGGAAGCUGAUUUGUUGUUCCUGUACAACUUUCUGCCACCAGAUAAGUCAGCAUACUGGUGUGUAUUGUCUGGGAGAUUGGUGACUACAUCCGCGCACUGCUGAAAGCAGGCAUAAAUAAUCUGUUGAAAGGCAAGUUGUGCAGGUCACGCUGACACACUGCCUGUUGCAAGAAUCAUCGGCAGACCAACUACCUGCUUCUGUACUUCAUUUUUGUCCAUUGCAUAACUGUUGGCUCAGCAGUGUCGCAUGCCUUUCAUCCCAUGGCUGGACUUUGUCCAUGCUUUCCUUCAGUACUUCUGCUGUCUGUCCAUGGUGGUCAACCUCAAUAAGGCUUGAGCGGAUUGCUUGUGUGCUUUGUUGAUACCUGCUGCUUAUGAUCUUUUUGUUGGAAUGCCACUGUACUUGUUGCAUAGCGGUGGAAACAGAGGUAAUCUGUUGCUUGUAUUGUGGGCCCCUGUUAUUUUUCUUCUUAAAUGUAUUUCAAUGAAUCGCUGUGUGAGAUUGGUCAAAUUGGCAUCUGCUACAUCAGGCGGCUGUGCUGUAAACAAAGCAGAAUAAAACGUACCUACAAACAUGC